AUGGAAUCUAAGAAUUCUUUUUGCAUUAAGAAAAGAAGAAAGCCAGGUCAGAAAUGCAAGGGCGCGAGACUUGAAAUGGAAACCCAAUGGGAACAUGCCAGAGGAAGUAGAUCCGCCCAAGUUUGCUUUAGAAUGAAGCGCCCGCCCCCUGUUGUGUUGCCGUUGGGCACUAGUUUUUAUAUUUGGCUGUUCGCGUUUGAUUCAUCGGAUAUAUAUAUAUAUAUAGGUGCAUCGGCUGCUACCUUCACUGUCACCAACAAGUGUGACUACACUGUGUGGCCUGGCAUUCUGGCCAAUGCAGGCACCUCCGCGCUGAGCACCACCGGAUUUGAGCUUCAACCGGGUGGAUCUCGGAGUUUCCAGGUCCCGCCCAGCUGGUCUGGAAGGCUCUGGGGCCGAACCGACUGUACUUUCGACCCGAACAGCGGGCAGGGUAGCUGCGUCACCGGGGACUGUGGCUCCAACCAGGUCGAGUGCAAUGGGGCCGGAGCAGCCCCACCCGCAACACUGGCGGAGUUCACCAUCGGGUCGGGUAGCCAAGACUAUUACGACGUCAGCCUCGUGGACGGCUACAACUUGCCUGUGCAGAUUGAUGCGGCUGGAGGUUCGGGGUCCUGCGCCUCCACAGGUUGCGUGACGGAUCUGAAUCGGCGGUGCCCGAAUGAGUUGCGGGUCGGGGAGCAUGCGGCUUGCAAGAGUGCCUGUGAGGCAUUUCGGAGUCCCGAGUACUGCUGCAGCGGCGCGUAUGCUUCACCCGCCACUUGUAAGCCGUCGGUUUAUUCCCAGAUAUUCAAAUCGGCAUGUCCCAAAUCAUACAGCUAUGCCUACGACGAUUCCACGAGCACAUUUACGUGCAGUGGUGCGGAUUACACAAUCACAUUCUGCCCUGCCACCGCAAGUCAGAAAUCGGCAAGAGAUUCAGCUCCAGAAAAUGGGAGUGGGGAAGUGCCAACGGGGAGCGACAGUGCAUGGCUUCCAGACUUUUUCAUUUCACUUUCGCCAAAUUCAGUGUCCUGCUCAUCCGCCUCAAUUGUCACUCUCAUUUUACUCAUCUUCCAAACGAUGCAGUAUUUGAGGCUUGAGGAAUUAUGUUAA